AUGCGGCUUGAUGCGUUUUCAAUACGAAAUGCCGCUGACGCGAUGUGGUUAGGUCGAAUUACCUAUGCUGAUGGAUUGAAGCAACAGCGCUAUCAUGUUGACAAACUUCUUGCCUCACGAAAAGCGCGACCUGAUUUGAUAAAGAAAAUCUACUUAUUGUUACUGGAGCAUACACCUGUUUAUACUGUUGGCAUAAGACACUUUCAAUAUAAUGAAAAUGAAGAAAACCGAUUGAAGAAAUUGGGAGCUGACUUUUACCGGACCAAGCGAGGUGGACUUAUUACAUUUCAUGGCCCUGGCCAACUUGUUGUUUAUCCUAUUGUUGAUCUUCAUUUAUUGCAUGUGAAAGGUCCAGAUCAGAAUUCCACUGCUGUAGGUGUUCGACGUUACGUAUAUCUUAUUGAAGAGGUAAUCAUCAAAACUGUCCGCAGUUUCGGCCUGCUUGGUGCAGGUCGAUCACCCAACACAGGAGUUUGGCUAGCAAACGGUAUGAGAAAAAUAGCAGCAAUCGGUAUAAAUGUUCGCGAUGGCAUCGUUAGUCACGGUUUAGCUCUUAACUGCAGUACGGAUUUGGACUGGUUCCAUCAGAUCAUACCUUGCGGCUUAGUUGGAAAAGAAGUCACUUCUUUGACACAAGAACUGGGAAGACAUGUUUCAGUAAAUGAUGUCUUUCCAAUUUUUUGCGAGAAAUUCGCUGAGGUGUUUCAUUGUGAUGUCAAAAUUUGUAGUCCAGAGAAGUUUUGUGAAAAAGAUCAUUUGCAACAUUAA